AAUAUCAAGACGCGUUUUGACUUUAUAUGAUUACAUUUACAUUUUCAACCGCGAUAUAUAUCAAAUUGUUUGUUUAUGGUGUAAAAAACAGUGGCCUCGGAUGAAACAACAAAGCUAUUUUCAAGCAUCUAUGUGGGGGUGACUGAAAGCGUGAUGGGGCGGGUUCAAGACGGCCCCAUGGAGUUCGGCUAGGGGCGUCUGCCCCGCUCCCCAGCCCCCUCGCCGCUCACCAACCACCCCACAUAAUAUGGAGCUGGAACGGGAGCGGUGCCACCAUCGGCCGCUUGCCUUUGACAAGAUGGAGGGGCUGGUCAGGGAGAUGCAGGACCCAGUGAGUGGGGUUCCCGUAGGAUGUCAAAAGUUAUUCCUUACUUCCAUCCCUUCCGUUUUUCUUGGGUAUGACCUCAUUGAGUGGUUGAUGGAACGUCUAGGCAUUGAAGAGUCAGAAGCACUAAACAUCGCUAAUCAACUCUGUCAAUAUGGGUAUUUUUUUCCUGUGAGUGAUUCCAAAAACUUGGUGGUCAAAGAUGACAGUUCGCUGUAUAGAUUUCAGAGUCCCUAUUUCUGGCCAUGUCAAAUGCGUACACCAGAUAAUGUUGAAUAUGCUAUAUAUUUGGCAAAACGAACAUUGCGUAAUAAGCAACGACAUGGACUGGAUGAAUAUGAAGUUGAAGCACUUACAAACUUAAAAAAGAACUUAGCUAAUAAAUGGGACUUUAUAACUAUGCAAGCGGAAGAACAGGUACGAAUUGCAAAAGAACGCAAGAAAGGUGAAAAAUUAAUAAGUGAUAGCCAAGAAAGAGCCUAUUGGCGUGUAUAUCGACCACCACCCGGUGUCACCAGUUCGUUAGAACAAUGCCCUAUACCAAGUCGAUCACGGAAUGGUGGCACUCGACCUCGAAAACGUACCCUUAUUGACUGUCGAAGAGAGGUGGAUUUCUUACGGAAUAGUUUGACACGAACACGGAUUAAAGUCUCCACAGCCCUUGAGAGUAUGAUAAAUUAUGUUGAAACAUAUACGGAAUAUGAUCCCCUCAUCAGUGGCAUACAACCUUCAAAUCCAUGGAUUAGCGAGGAUUUAACAUAUUGGCAAUUAAAUGGAUCACUCGUGGAAUUACCUACAGAAAAACGGGUUAAGCGAUGGGCGUUAUCAAUGGAAGAACUUGUAUCUGAUCCUACCGGCCUCCAAGAAUUUACAAAUUAUUUACGUAAAGAAUAUAGCCAUGAAAAUAUACGAUUUUGGCUUGCGGUAAACGAUUUACGAAGAUCAUCUCAGUCCCAAAUUGGACGAAAAGUUUGUGAAAUAUUUGAAGAAUUUCUAGCACCUGGUGCCCCAUGCGAAAUAAAUAUUGAUGGUAAAACAAUGGAAAAAGUACAUCAAGAACUGAAUACACCAUCACGUUUCACAUUUGAUGCGGCUGCCGAACAUGUUUAUACGUUGUUAUUGAAAAAAGACUGUUAUCCACGAUUUAUUCGAUCCGAACACUACAAAAAACUUUUAGCAGACGGUGUUCAACCACUUCAUAAAAAACGAUUUUUCGGAUUUGUUGGUCCAACGAAAAAGAAAAGUUCAGCAGCCACCAUCCAAAACCAAAGCCUAUUACAUCAAAGUGGUGGCGGCAGUAGCUCAACAUCAGCUCAACCUGGCUCACAAAGUACUGGGAGUGGUGGUGUAUUGGGUCGAAGACGUGGGAGUGAUCGCAGUUUAUCAGGAUCUGCGCAUGAGUUGGCUGUGUCGUCGGUUAAAGAUCCAUCAAAUCGAGUAUCUCAUUCGCAUAGCCAAAGUAAUCUGAGUGAAAUACCUUAUAGAGGCGAUCUACCAUCUCAAUCCAAAGGACUUUCCAUCAUAUGGUCGAGUCCUCCAGACGCAAGUACAACGCCAGCAUCGGGUGUAUCCACAAGUUCUGGUGUCUCCCCACAACCGGCACCAUCGGGUGGCAGCCAAGAUGUAUGUCCUUGGGAUAGUACAUCACCACAACAAGCAGAGCCUCCAACAACAACAACAACCGCACCAAAUCGUACAAGAAACCCAAACAUCGCAAUAGCAGCAUCUUCAACGACAUCAGAAGAUAUCUGCCCAUGGCAAUCACAAACAACUGGAACAACACAACAAUCAUCUUCGCGUUCCCGUAAAAAUUCACAACAAUUUGAUUCUGGAUCAUCAUCAUCAGAUAUUAGUUCAACAAUUGCUGAUGUAUCAGAACGUUUAAAACGUACAUGUAUGCUAACACAACAGAAUACAAUUGAAGGUGAUUAUCGUCGAUCACAUUAUUCACGUAAACUCUCAACUGCGUCCUGCAUUGAAGCGACACGUCGCUCCUCCAUGUCCACAAUGGCAACCUCUACAAAAGCACUACCUGAAAGCACACGGCCUUCAGUGUCCUCCUUUGAAGACUUUGCACCACAACGGUCAUUUGACUCUCCAUCGGUUACUUCUCCUUGUAACGUAUUAUUUGUUAGUGAAAAUAGUGACAAUAAUAUAAAUAAAGAUAAUGUGCAAAAAACGACAAUUACAAAAAAAUUAACUCCUCAUAAUUUGAGGAAAACAAGUUCAGUGACAUCGAGUUCAACAGCACCAAUAAUUAGUGUAAGUUCGGUAAUGGACGAUAAUAAUGUCAGUGAUGUCACAAUUUGUAGCUCAAGCAGUAACAGCAACAACAAUAUUAGCAACACUGAACAACAAGUGGGCAGUAAUAUUAAAGAUACGACAAUAACAGAACUGCCAACUGACAUUCUUGAAGAACCUGAACAUUCUACAAACGUUGUAGAACGUCAGAGUACGAUAGCUGAAGAAGAAGAUGUUCAAAAAGAAACUAUUGAUACUAGUAGCGGUGAUAAUUUAGAAAAUAUUGACGAUUUAAAUGUAAAACCAAUGAUUGAAUGUGCAGCGUCCACAUCAUCUAAAACCACCAGUGCAUUACCAACAACGCCUCAUCUUGCAUUGGCCCCAUUAGCUGAACCAGACGGUGGAUCACCUUUAUCAGAGUAUCCACCAGAAGAGUUUCAGGAUAUAUGUCAGGAAACUACAACAAAUGUACCUGUUACCAGUUGUAGUAAUGAUGAAAAUCUUAAACCACAACAAUCACAGCAAACGGUAGCAGAAUCGAGCGAAGGAAAUAAAAAUAAAGCAGAUGGUAAAAUGCCAAAGAAGAAUAGUGACGUUUGCCCAUGGGAGGAUGAGGAAUCUUGCAAAGUGGAUACUCCAUUUGUGAAGACAUAUGCCACUCUUGGUUACCUUUAAUCAUCAAUUAUUAUAUUUAUAAAUUAAAUUAAUUCAAUCUACUAUUUUUUAUUAUAAACACAUCCAACAAAUUUUAAAAUGAUUCAAAAACUCAAUAUAUAACAUCGAAUAAGACUUUAAAAUACAUUAAUUUUGUGAGUUAAUAUUUUGUUUUCAAAGAGUAAAACAUUCUUGAUUCUUUUCUGAUACUUUCAAACGAGAAAAUAAUGAAAUUUUUGAGUAAUAAUAAAUUUUACAGUAAUUUCAUAAAUUAAAUAAUUAUUUUGGUACACUAUGACAUUCGUACAGUUGACAGGAAAGUAUUCAUGACUUUGCGCAGUAAGUAUUUGAUAGUUAACCUAUCUAUCCUUAACUUAAUAUACAAUAAUUAGAUUAAGUUAAAGCUAUUUUUAAUUUAUUGAUAGUAUUUCCUACGGAAACUUUGUUUUGAUUGAGUGAAAAAGUACUUAACAAGAAUAUGAACCCUUUAGACUAGAGAAAUU